GACUGUGUGGAACAAAAGAGGUGGUUAGAGAUUUAACGUUUCUUGCUCUGGACGCCUGCAGAAGUGAAAUACGGCACACACACAGGCCUAUAGACGAGUGUACAGGGGUAUAGAGUGUACACAGUGAAAUAUGAGAGACUGCCAGUGGGUCAGUAAGUCACCGAGUCAAAGAGCCUCUUCUGUGUAAGUGUGUGUGUGAGUGUGUGCGCUUGUGUGUAUAUCUAAGUGUGUACCAGUCUAUCUAAAAAGAGUUGCCUGAGAAACCAACCAGCUGCUGUCAGUAAUUUAGGACAGCUCAAGAGUUCUUGGAAUGAGGGUUGUAUGUACUCUUUAUUUAGUCUCUCUCAUUAGGUAUACAGUGUCUUAACAGGUAAUAAAUAAAUAAUACCUCAGCAUUUCACCUAGUCCACUGAGGUCUGUAAAUCAAAUGUCGUUGGCUGUCCCUUGGUCUAAGCAAAAGUCAAAGGGUGAUCGGACAUUCGCUAUACUUGCUCCUAAAUUAUGGGAUAAUCUCCCCUUCAUAUUCACUUGGCCGCUUCAGUGGAGAUUUUAAUGUCUUUUUUUAAACAAACAAACAAACAAACAAACAAAAAACAAUUCAGCAAAAGAGUUUGUUUAGAGUAUGAAGGGGGAAAAAUUGAAGAAAAGAACAUUAAAAAAGACAAAUAAGCACAUGCAUAAGAAAUAAAAUAAGAAAUAAGAACAAGACAGUGGAAGAAAGAAAAAGAAAUAAAAGAAGAAAACAAAGUAAGAAGUGGAAAGAAUUUAAAAAUAGAGAAAAAAAAAUAAACAGGAAAGAAAUGUUAUGUAUAUGUAUACUGUGUGUGUAUAUUUAUCUCUUACCUAAUAAAAAUAAUAUUAAAUAAAAUACACACAAAAAAAGAGAAAAAGCAACAAAAGUGAAGAAAGAAAGACAAGGGGAAAAACCAUAAAAAAGGAAAUGAAAAUAAAUAAAAGAAAAAAAUAAAGAUUAUAAAUAAAUGUGGGUAAUAAAAGAAAAGAAAAAAGAAAGAAGAACAAGACGAGAAAGGAAAAAGCAACAACAACAGACAAGACAAGGAAAUGAAGACGUUUCUAGUUUGUAUCCCACCCAAACUGACAGUUCUGGGUUCUGUCUCAAAUCGCGUACUACCACACUAAAUAGUAUAUCUAAUAUGAACCGUAACCGUGUUAUUUCAUACAUACUAUUAGUUGCGGUUUGGGACGUUGCCUUCAAACACAUGGGUAGAAAUCAUAAGGGAAAGACAGACACGCCCUCAUGACACAGAGCCGCCCUUAGGAUAAGCCCCGCCCCCUCCAACAUUCCAUUGGAGCGUUCCUGACAUGCGUUAGCUGUGAUUGGUUGUUGUGGUUGUCAAUCGUUUAUUUCGUUCUUUUAAUUCAUUGUCCGGUGGAGCACACGGGUUCAUGUUUCGGUGUGGGCACUGGAGAGGGAGGAAGUGAAUAAUUUAAAUGUCUCAAAUAGCGAAAAGAGACGGAAGGAUACGGCAGCGGGUAUUGUCUGACACCGGGAGGGUUUUUUAUUUGUAUUUUUAUUUUUUAAUGUUAAUGCUGUCAUGUCAGUUCUCAGUCGUGCCUUUGUUUACUAACGCUCGGUGCUUUAUAAAGUAGAGACAGAGACGUUACGUGACAUUUCCAUUAACGCAGAUUGUGAGGUGUGUUCGGCUAAUUAACAGGCUUGUUUAUUAAACGGAUAUCCGGUUAUGGUGCUUUAUCAGACAGAAUCUCAGGUUUGUGUACACAAAGAAGAUUAACGGCGUGCGUCUUCUGGGAAGAGACCGGAAUAACUCGUAAAAAAUAAAAUAAAAAAAAAAGCGCUGUGUGGUUCGUUUUACUAGUCGAGCGGAUGGUGAGAUGGCAACAACAAUAACAGCAUCACCGACAACAACAACAAAAGGACUGACCAGUGAAGAGACAGACACGACAAACAGCGCCACAUUAUCUACAAUGGCAGCAUCUUUAGCUUUAAACAACAGGGUUUACUCUCUGGACGACUUCGAUACCGUGGCCACCGUCGGCACGGGGACGUUUGGCAGGGUUUUUCUGGUCAAGGACAAAAAGACGAGGGAAUUCUUUGCCCUGAAAGCCAUGAAGAUCCCAGACGUCAUCCGAUUAAAACAGGAGCAGCACGUUCAUAACGAGAAGGAGGUUCUGACAGAGGUGAACCAUCCCUUCCUCAUCAGGCUGUUUUGGACGCACCAUGACGAGCGAUUCCUGUACAUGCUAAUGGACUACGUGCCAGGCGGCGAGCUGUUCAGCUACCUGCGCAAACGCGGCCGCUUCAGCAACAGCACCGGACUCUUCUACUCGGCAGAGAUAGUGUGUGCCAUCGAGUACCUGCACUCCAAAGAAAUCGUCUACAGGGACCUGAAACCUGAGAACAUCCUCCUGGACAGGGAGGGCCACAUCCGCCUCACCGACUUCGGCUUCGCGAAGAAACUUUCAGAUAGGACGUGGACUCUGUGCGGCACGCCUGAGUAUUUAGCUCCAGAGGUAAUCCAGAGUAAAGGUCACGGCCGGGCGGUGGACUGGUGGGCUCUGGGGGUUCUCAUUUUCGAAAUGCUUUCUGGUUACCCGCCGUUUUUUGACGACAAUCCCUUUGGCAUCUAUCAGAAGAUCCUGGCAGGAAAGCUGGAGUUUCCACGGCAUCUGGACUUCUACGUAAAGGAUCUCGUCAAGAAGUUUCUGGUGAUUGACCGAGCGAGAAGACUUGGAAACAUGAAGAAUGGAGCAGAUGAUGUGAAAAAGCACAGGUGGUUCAAGACGGUAGACUGGGAUGCAGUGCCCAAUAGAAAACUAAAGCCCCCCAUAGUUCCUAAGGUAUCUCACGAAGGCGACACAUCUAACUUCGAAGCCUACCCCGAGGACGAGUGGAAAAAAGAGACUCCGGUGUCUCCAAAGGAUCUGGAGAUUUUCAAGAACUUUUGAAAAUGGAAAAAGAGGGAUUUAAAGUUUCCCUCCGCUGCUGCAAUGUAUCCAUUCCACUACGGUGGCCAGCCUCAGCCUGCUCUUCUGUCAUCUCGUGAUUGACAACACAAGGGAACGAUUGGCCAUCAUGUUUACCAUCACCAUCAUCCUCAAGAACAAGUGUGGAGAGAAGGAAGCGCUAUUUAUUUGUGUUUCUCUGAGUCUACUUGUUUUAUGCAAAAAAAAAAAAAAAAAAAACCACACACACACACCAGAGGUGUCUAAGCCAAGAACACCACCAAUAGUCCGAUACAGUUUACGUCAACGUAGGCGCUUUCGGGGAAAAAAUUACUUUCGGACAUGUUUGUUGUGUGGCUCUGAAGUCAUGUGAGAUGGAAAGCCAGAGGACCCAAAGAGUUACACUUUUUAAAUGUCCGGACGGUUUGUUAUACGUCUAGCUUUGCUUUUAUUUAAAAGGUUUUUAUCAUAAACCACAAGUAAUAAGACGAACAUGAUGUCUUAAAGUAGGGAUGCAUCAAUACCAUUUUGUUUUGUUUUUUUCCAAACCAAACACGAGUACAUGUUUUUAGUGCUUGUUGAUACCAAUACUGAUACCAAAAUGAAUCCCCUACUUCGUAUUAAUCAAUCAGGGACAUCACAGACCUUUAUAUUCAGUUCUAUGUCAUUUUCCCCGGUUUAAAUGCCCAGGGUGUCCCAAAAAAUGGACGUCCACGUCUCGGUUAAGAAGUGGAUUCCAGUCUUUUUGAAUUUGUUAAUAAGUUUGGCAACAGUGUUCUGUGUGUGUGAUGUGUUUGUCCUGUUUCCUGUUAAAGUCCAUCGCAACCUUGUGACCGCUUCCUAAUCCAGCCAUGAGAAUGAUUUUUUUUUUUUUUUUCAAUAUGUUCUUCUGUUGUCAAGUAUAAAAACUUUUGGAAGGCAUUUUGCUUAAAAAAAAAAAAAAAAAAAGUGUUAAUUUACCGUGUGUGUGGAGACUUUUGGGACACCCUGUAGCGUCCAAGAAAAGUGCACAAGUGCGUGUUCAUGCCCUUGGACUGCUAGACUCAUUCUUCAUCAGAGAGUUCACUUUAAAGGACGUGCGUUCGCUAGUUACAUUAGUUACCUUGGGUCGUGUAGGGUUGCAGCAGGUUUUGUUUCGCUUUGGAAAUGCACAUCCUUACGUAUGUUCUUGGUUCCAUCGCGUCAGAAUCCCUUUCUGCUGAGGACCAAGAGUGGGCGAUCAUCAUUAACAAUACACUGGAUAAGAGCUGAGAUUUUCUCUCGGCUAGCUUGAGUUGUAUGUUUUUGUUGUAGGAUGAUGCUGUCGUUCUUCCUUUUGCUAUUUUCAAAGAGCACAUCUUGCUGUCUGAUUUUGCUUUGAUCGAUCAUUAUUCGUGAAAUACAUCAAGAUCGCUGUC